AUGUCUUCAAACUCAUUAGAACAAUUGAAAGCUACUGGCACUACCAUUGUUACCGAUACCGGUGAAUUUGAACAAAUUGCCAAAUACAAACCACAAGAUGCUACUACCAACCCAUCAUUGAUCCUUGCUGCUACUAAGAACCCAGACUAUGCUGAUGUCAUAGAUGUAGCUGUUAAGUAUGCUGAAGAUAAAGGAUCAAACCCAAAGGAAAAAGCUGAAAUUGCUUUGGAUAGAUUAUUGAUUGAAUUUGGUAAGAGAAUCUUGGAUAUUGUUCCAGGUAGAGUUUCCACUGAAGUUGAUGCUAGAUUAUCAUUCAACAAGGAAGCUACUAUCAAAAAGGCUUUAUCAUUGAUCGACUUGUACAAAUCACAAGGUAUUGACAAGGAAAGAAUCUUGAUCAAGAUUGCUUCUACUUGGGAAGGUAUUCAAGCUGCUAGAGAAUUGGAAAAAGAACAUGGCGUUCACUGUAACUUGACUUUGUUGUUUUCAUUCCCACAAGCAGUUGCAUGUGCUGAGGCUCAAGUUACCUUAAUUUCUCCAUUUGUUGGUAGAAUUUUGGAUUGGUACAAGGCUUCAACUGGUGAAACCUAUACCGCUGAAACUGACCCAGGUGUCAAAUCAGUUAAAGAAAUUUACAACUACUACAAGAAAUUUGGUUACAAAACCAUUGUUAUGGGUGCAUCAUUCAGAAACUCUGGUGAAAUUAAAGCUUUGGCUGGUGUUGAUUUCUUGACCAUUGCUCCUAAAUUGUUGGAAGAAUUGUAUAAUUCUAAUGAACAAGUUCCAAAAGUAUUGGAUGCUGCUCAAGCUAAGAGUGACCCAAUCGAAAAAGUUUCAUUUAUCAACGAUGAACCAGCUUUCAGAUUGGCAUUGAAUGAAGAUGCUAUGGCCACUGAAAAAUUAUCACAAGGUAUUAGAGCCUUUGGUAAGGAUGCCGCUACUUUAUUAGAACAAUUGGAAAAAAAGUUUUCUUAA